CAGUUCACAGGCUUUUCCACUGAGUUUCCCCCCUCCUGGUCUCGUAUGGGUUUAUCUUCCAACCGGAUCACUCAUCCCUGUUCCUGUUGCUCUCGGUGACAGCGAGUGAGAGAGAGAGAGGCAGGAAGACGGAAAGACUCUGAGCAAGGCGGAGGCAGUGGUGCACAGAGGAUUCAGGAACUGUGAAAGGGAGUAGCAGCUGGGAUAUUCUGUGGUGAGAAGAGGACGUUUCUUUCCAGAAUAGAGUCUUUCUCGCGGGCGGGACAGCGCAGAAGGACAGUAUGGCAGCCAAAGGUGAGCCUGCAAUGGCCGCACUGACAUCGUUCAUCAUGAACGAAGAGGAGCUGAAGAGGAAGCAAAGGGAGAAGUUAAAGAAGUUGCAGGCGACGGGGGGUAACCCUCGUCCACCCCGAUCCCUCUUCUUCUUCACUCUCAAAAACCCCUUCAGAAAAGCCUGCAUCAACAUCGUGGAGUGGAAGCCUUUUGAGAUUAUCAUCCUCCUGACCAUCUUUGCCAACUGCGUGGCCCUGGCCGUGUUCCUGCCCAUGCCUGAAGAUGACAACAACGCCACCAACACCAGCUUGGAGAGUCUGGAGUAUAUCUUCCUGGUAAUCUUCACGUUAGAGUGCUUUCUGAAGAUAAUAGCUUAUGGCUUUAUAUUCCACGAGGGAGCCUAUCUACGGAAUGCUUGGAACAUACUAGACUUUGUCAUCGUCUUCAUGGGCCUCUUCACCAUCGCCCUGGACACCAUCAACCAUCUAGCAGGCAUUCAGAUGGAGAAGGGUGGAGGGUUUGAUAUGAAGGCCUUGAGAGCAUUCAGGGUGCUCAGACCUCUACGCCUUGUCACUGGAGUCCCCAGCCUGCAGGUGGUAAUGAAUUCUAUUCUGAAGGCCAUGUUGCCUCUGUUACACAUCGGCCUGCUUGUCUUCUUCAUGGUCACCAUCUACGCCAUCGUGGGUCUGGAGCUAUUCAAGUGUAAAAUGCACAAGACCUGCUACUGGGCUGGUACAGACAUCCUGGCCACGAUGGAGAACGAGAAGCCCGCCCCCUGCGCCCAGGCCGGCAACGGGCGCCGCUGCCUCCUCAACGGGACAGAGUGUCGCGCUGGCUGGGUCGGGCCAAACUUCGGCAUCACCCACUUUGACAACUUUGGCUUUGCCAUGCUCACCGUGUUCCAGUCUAUAACCAUGGAGGGAUGGACAGACGUCCUCUACUGGGUGAAUGAUGCCAUUGGGAACGAGUGGCCCUGGCUCUACUUUGUGACCCUGAUCCUAAUCGGAUCCUUCUUCGUGCUCAACCUGGUCCUGGGUGUUCUCAGCGGAGAAUUCACCAAGGAGAGAGAGAAGGCCAAGUCCCGAGGAGAGUUCCAGAAGUUGAGAGAGACCCAGCAGUUGGACGAGGACCUGAAGGGUUAUAUGGAGUGGAUCACUCAGGCCGAGGUCCUGGAAAACGACCCGGAGGGAAAAGGAAUCCUGCCUUUGACAGAAUCAGAUACGGACAGUCUGAUCGGUGUCGAGGGAAAGAGUCACUUGGUCUACUACUACCACCUGGCUCGUCGCUGGAACCGUUAUUUUAGGAUGAAAUGCCUUGUCUUGGUGAAAUCCAAGGAGUUCUACUGGUCUGUGAUUCUGUUGGUCUUCCUGAACACUAUUGCCAUCGCCACUGAACAUCAUCACCAGUCACACACUCUUACUGCUCUACAAGAUAACGCCAACAAGUUCCUGCUGACGAUGUUUGCCCUGGAGAUGUUUGUGAAGAUGUACGCCCUGGGCCUGCCGCAGUACUUCCUGUCUCUGUUCAACCGCUACGACUGCUUUGUGGUGACUGUGGGCGUCCUGGAGAUCAUCCUGGUCACGGCGGACAUCAUAUCCCCCCUCGGGAUUUCCGUCCUCCGCUGCAUACGCCUGCUCCGACUGUUCAAGGUCACCAGGUAUUGGACAUCCCUCAGUAACCUGGUCGCAUCCUUACUCAACUCAGUCCGCUCCAUCGCCUCCCUGCUCCUCCUCCUCUUCCUCUUCAUCGUCAUCUUCUCCCUGUUGGGAAUGCAGGUGUUUGGGGGGAAGUUCAACUUCCCAGACCAGGAGAUCAGACGGAGCAACUUUGACAACUUCCCCCAGGCUCUGAUCAGUGUCUUCCAGGUGCUGACAGGAGAGGACUGGAACACCAUCAUGUAUAAUGGUAUAAUGGCGUACGGUGGGCCGUCCUUCCCUGGAAUCCUUGUCUGUAUCUACUUCAUCAUCCUCUUCACCUGUGGAAACUACAUCCUCCUCAAUGUAUUCCUGGCCAUCGCUGUGGACAACCUGGCAGAGGCAGAGAGCCUGACGGCAGCGCAGAAAGACAAAGCAGAGGAGAAGAAGAGGAGGAAACUGCUACGGGCCAGUUUACCAGAUAAGGCCGAGGAAGAGAAGGCUGCUUUGGCCAAGAAGCUGGCUGAGCAGAGGGCCAAGAUAGAGGGGAUUCCCACCACUGCCAAGCUGAAAGUAGAUGAGUUUGAGUCCAACGUGAAAGAAGUAAAAGAUCCUUUCCCACCUGCGGACUUCCCAGGUGAUGACGAGGAGGAGGAGCCGGACAUCCCUCAGAGCCCUAGACCUCGACCAAUGGCUGACCUCCAGCUGAAAGAGGAAGUGGUUCCUAUGCCUCAGACCUACUCUUUCUUUAUCUUCGGACCUGAGAACAAGUUUCGUAAGGUGUGUCAUAAGAUCAUCAACGCCACCCCCUUCACCAACUUCAUCCUGGCGUUCAUCCUCCUCAGUAGCAUCUCUCUGGCCGCCGAGGACCCCAUUGACCCAAGGUCCUUCAGGAAUAAGGUAUUGGCUUACGCUGAUAUCGUCUUCACAACUGUGUUCACCAUUGAGAUUGUGUUGAAGAUGACGGUAUACGGCGCCUUCCUGCAUCCGGGCUCUUUCUGCCGGAACUCCUUCAACAUGCUGGACCUGCUGGUGGUGGGCGUGUCCCUGCUGUCCAUGGGGAUGGAGUCCAGUGCCAUUUCUGUGGUGAAGAUUCUCAGGGUGUUGAGAGUUCUAAGGCCACUAAGGGCAAUUAACAGAGCCAAAGGGCUAAAGCACGUGGUCCAGUGCGUGUUUGUAGCCAUCAAAACCAUCGGAAACAUCGUCCUGGUCACCAUGUUGCUCGACUUUAUAUUCGCCUGCAUUGGGGUUCAGCUCUUCAAGGGGAAAUUCUACUCGUGCUCAGACCCCUCCAAAGUGACAGAGGAUGAGUGCAAGGGUAUGUUCCUGAAGCACCAGCAGAACAGUCUUCAGGAGCUGGUGACGGCACCCAGGGAAUGGGUCAACGGUGACUUUAACUUCGACAACGUCCUGAACGGCAUGAUGGCUCUGUUCACCGUGUCCACGUUCGAGGGGUGGCCACAGCUCCUGUAUAGAGCGAUAGACUCCGACAGGGAGGACAUGGGCCCGGUCUACAACAACCGUGUGGAUAUCGCCAUCUUCUUCAUCAUCUACCUCAUCCUCAUCGCCUUCUUCAUGAUGAACAUCUUCGUCGGCUUCGUCAUCGUCACCUUCCAGGAGCAGGGAGAGUCUGAGUACAAGAACUGUGAGCUGGACAAGAACCAGCGUCAGUGCGUGCAGUACGCUCUGAAGGCCAAGCCUCUGAUGUGCUACAUUCCCAAGAACACCUACCAGUACAACGUGUGGUACAUUGUGACCUCCUGCUACUUCGAGUAUGCCAUGUUCUUCCUCAUCAUGCUCAACACGCUGUGUCUCGGCAUGCAGCACUGUAACCAGUCGGAUCAUGUGACCAAGCUGUCGGACACCCUGAACAUGAUCUUCACCGUCCUCUUCACUUUGGAGAUGAUCCUGAAACUCAUGGCUUUUAAAGCUAAGGGUUACUUCGGAGACCCGUGGAACGUGUUUGACUUCCUCAUCGUCAUCGGCAGCAUCGUUGACGUCAUCCUGAGCGAGGUUGAUACGGCCCUGGCCUCCAGCGGUGGGUUGUACUGUCUCCAUGGAUGUGUUGCGAUAAACCCUAUGCAGGCUAUCGCGGAUUCGGAGAAUGCCAGAGUCUCCAUCACCUUCUUCCGUCUGUUCCGCGUGAUGCGUCUUGUGAAACUGCUGAACAGGUCGGAGGGCAUCCGGAACCUGCUCUGGACCUUCAUCAAGUCCUUCCAGGCUCUGCCGUAUGUAGCGCUCCUGAUCGUCAUGCUCUUCUUCAUCUACGCUGUCAUUGGGAUGCAGGUGUUUGGGAAGAUAGCCUUAGUGGACGGCACGCAGAUCAACCGCAACAACAACUUCCAGACAUUCCCCCAAGCAGUCCUGUUGCUCUUCCGGUGUGCUACAGGAGAGGCGUGGCAGGAAGUGAUGGUGGCCUGUAUGUACGGGAAGAAGUGUGAUCCCAAGUCUGACUUCCUACCCGGGGAGGAGAAUACCUGUGGAUCCGGCUUUGCUGUCUUCUACUUCAUCAGCUUCUACAUGAUCUGUGCCUUCCUGAUCAUCAACUUAUUCGUGGCUGUGAUAAUGGACAACUUCGACUACCUGACGCGUGAUUGGUCCAUCUUGGGUCCCCAUCACUUAGAUGAGUUUAAAAAGAUUUGGGCCGAAUACGACCCAGGGGCCACAGGGCGUAUUAAACAUCUGGAUGUGGUAACUCUACUACGAAGGAUCCAGCCUCCCCUGGGCUUUGGCAAGUUCUGUCCACACCGUUCAGCCUGCAAGCGUUUAAUAUCCAUGAACAUGCCUCUGAACAGCGACGGUACCGUCACCUUCAAUGCCACCCUGUUUGCCUUGGUCAGAACGGCCCUCAGCAUCAAAACUGAAGGUAACUUUGAGCAGUCCAAUGAAGAGUUGAGGGCCAUUAUAAAAAAGAUCUGGAAACGCACCAGUAUGAAACUGCUGGACCAGGUCAUUCCACCAAUCGGAGAGGACGAGGUGACAGUGGGAAAGUUCUAUGCAACCUUCCUGAUCCAGGAUCAUUUCCGCAAGUUUAUGAAACGUCAAGAAGAAUACUACGGCUACCGGCCGUCGAAGAAGAACGCUGCUGGCAGGUCUCCGGAGAUUCAGGCAGGUUUGAGGAGUAUAGAGGAGGAGGCAGCUCCACAGCUCCAUAGGGCCAUCUCAGGAGACCUGAUGAAUGAGGAGGAGAUGCAAAGAGCAAUGGAAGAUGCUCUGGAAGAGGGCAUCUUCAGGCGUCAUGGCGGUCUGUUUGGGGACACCACAAACCUGUUCUCCACAGAGACCAGCAGUCCCGCUCCCUCCCAAGUGACAAGGCAGCGCCCGCUCAAGUUCUCAGAGAGCAGCCAGGAGGCGGAGUCACCUGUCAGUCCCUCAGACUCAGUCUUUCUCCCAAAUACAGAGUUCUUCCCUGAGACCCCCACUAAAGACAACAUCAACAACAACGCGUUUUUCUUCGAGACAGAUGACAGUCCAAAAGUGAGCAGGUACCAUUCCAGAGACGAAAACUCUGCAGACAAUAGACACGUCAGUCAGAAUACAAUCAGAACUGACAUCACUCAGGUCCCGGUGGUCAGCGGUCUCGGUUCGUCUGCAGCUGCGACUUGUAAUGAGAGGGCAGAGGCGAUGCAUAUGCCCAUAUCCCAUUUUGAAGACGUGGCCCUGGGCCUACUGAAUGAGCACAGCGGCCACAGCAACUCUGACAAGGAAAAGAAGCUCCCGAUCCCUGCUACAUGCCCCGCCCGCUCCGCAGGGCCCAAACCGAAACCCCAGGAGCGUAGGAAGAGACGGCCCGUUCCCUUGCCUCCCUCUGAACGCCGCCGGGAGGAGGCGGAGCCAGACACCAAAGUGUAGAGGGCCUGUCUUCAGUGCCAAGGCUGUGUGGUAGUUGGUAACAUCACACGCUCGCAAUGUCAACAAAGCCUGAUAAGUUGACAUGGAGUUUUAUAUCAAUUGGCUAAAUGUAGUUUCCUGUGGAGACCAGAGGAAGUAGAGAAGCACUACUACAGGAAGAUGGCCUAGUGUCUGGCCUCUAGCUGGUUGGCUGUUCAGUUUUUACCGUGGUUGAUUGUUGUCAAAUCUGACUGAAUUUGUAAAUCGGAUUCAGGAGUCUCAUGGAAAUCUAACCAAAAUGGGAAAAGCAAUAUACUGCUACAGUAUCUUCUCAGUUCAGACAUAUUUAAGCAUUUCAACAACAAAAAUGUAUCAGAAUAUUUACAGACCUCUUUAUUAGCCAUACUGUUUGUGGACAUAAUAAUCCAUUCCAGAACAGCAAUAUUUAGUGUUUCUGACUACAGCUCUGACAGAUUACAGUGUUUCUGACUACAGCUCUGACAGAGUCCAGUGUUUCUGACUACAGCUCUGACAGAGUCCAAUGUUUCUGACUACAGCUCUGACAGAGUCCAAUGUUUCUGACUACAGCUCUGACAGAGUCCAAUGUUUCUGACUACAGCUCUGACAGAGUCCAAUGUUUCUGACUACAGCUCUGACAGAGUCCAGUGUUUCUGACUACAGCUCUGACAGAGUCCAAUGUUUCUGACUACAGCUCUGACAGAGUCCAGUGUUUCUGACUACAGCUCUGACAGAGUCCAAUGUUUCUGACUACAGCUCUGACAGAGUCCAGUGUUUCUGACUACAGCUCUGACAGAGUCCAAUGUUUCUGACUACAGCUCUGACAGAGUCCAAUGUUUCUGACUACAGCUCUGACAGAGUCCAAUGUUUCUGACUACAGCUCUGACAGAGUCCAAUGUUUCUGACUACAGCUCUGACAGAGUCCAAUGUUUCUGACUACAGCUCUGACAGAGUCCAAUGUUUCUGACUACAGCUCUGACAGAGUCCAGUGUUUCUGACUACAGCUCUGACAGAGUCCAGUGUUUCUGACUACAGCUCUGACAGAGUCCAGUGUUUCUGACUACAGCUCUGACAGAGUCCAAUGUUUCUGACUACAGCUCUGACAGAGUCCAAUGUUUCUGACUACAGCUCUGACAGAGUCCAAUGUUUCUGACUACAGCUCUGACAGAGUCCAGUGUUUCUGACUACAGCUCUGACUGAGUCCAGUGUUUCUGACUACAGCUCUGACUGUGACAACUUUGUGUCCCUGUACACAUUCAGAAUGUACACCGUAUGUGACAGUGGUUGUGAUACAAAAUAUAUUUAUUUUGAUAAGUGUGUGCAGCAGAAGCACAACACAUUUGACAAAACUGGUUGUGAUACAUCAGGAAGUUCUAAUAAGGCCACUCAUUGUUUUCAUUUACAAUAGAUUUAUUUUAAAGCAACAUCCUCCAAUUUUGUGUUAAAAUGCAAUGCUUUACAUGUUUAUAUUUAAAUCUAUUUUAAAUAUUUCAUUCAAUCUAGAAUUGUGCUACAGUUCUUAUCCAGUUUUCACUGAGGGUUUGUGCACUUUAAGUUUCUAUUUUUGUAUUUUAUUUGUUUUACAUGUAUGAUGGUUGAAAUGCUGUACGAAAUCUGGUUUAUACUAGUAUUUAUUGAAGUAAUGACCAUCAUAAUGCCUUAUAAAAAAAAAAGGUUUUAGAGGUAAAUUAUGAUUAAGAUGAUUUCUGUGGAGCUGAACUGAGUAAAUUGUUUUAUGAAUGCAGGUGGAUAUAGUCAUUAGUUACAUGAACACAACAUACCUGGAGUAUGGUAGCUUUAACCUGCAAGUCAUAGACAUUGGAGAAAUGGUACAUACCUGGGGCCUCAUGCAUCAAUCGUGCCUACGCACAAACGUGCGUAAACCAUGAGUACGCCGGUUUUGACGCAAAUGUAGGUGCGUAUGCACAGCAUAGCGGUUGAAUUGGACAAAUACCAUGCUAUUUCGGAAAGCUGGUAGAGGAAUGUCAACUGAAACACAUGGCAAAAAUCUUAUCAAUAGAAAUAUGAAUAGCCUACAUGAAUGCGCAAACUGUUUCCUGCAACAUCGUAGGCUUAUAGGCUACGGAUGUAGCAAGCGUCAAAACCCUACAGCCUGUAGAUGAUCCAAAAACAGUUAAAACUAAUAGGUUGUAAAACGUAGCCCUUUCAGUGGACAUAUUCAUCCAGUUUGAAAACAAUACGAACAAUAGCCCACCGUGCAUGUGCGUAAAGCAACACAUUCGAUAUAACAUAUUUUACCAUACACCCGAUUUAUUUACAGGUGCUCACUUUUACAACCUAGAGGUUCUUUGGUCUCGGCUGUAACGUCACGACCCGGUACAGUCCUCACUCGAAACCAUACGGAACGCGGCCAAACUGCAGAGCCCCGCAACCCCACUCUGGUAUGCUACUGCCGAUCCUUGUUCUGUUGCGAAAAUCACGGCUAAGUCCUAGGCCCACAUGAUUUGAACUGGGCUUGAGCAAUUCGCUUUGAUUUUAUGUCUUUAUUGAUGUUUCUUGAAUGUUACGUUUAAAUGUUAUGAUUAGCCUCAUGUCAAAUGAUCACUUACCGCAACCCUCCCACAGCGACAAGUCGUUGUACCCAUCUAGGACUUUUCCACUCAGAUCUCCCCAAUGAUGCCAACGAUUUGCUAGUCAAUGGGAGAAAUAUCUGUCACAAUUUGCCCACCUCUGUAGUUUGGACUCCGGUUAGGAAUGCAGCAAAUCGCUUUCACGCGUCCACCUUGAUUGAUCUCUGACCACUUAAUCUUAUUUACAUAUUUAUGACUGCUUGUCGGGCUACUUGAUACGUUUGGAAAAACGAAAAGUUCCAAUUAUGUGAAAUGUAUUUUCUUGUAAUAUUUUUCUGACCGGUCUCAACCUUGCUUCAUGUAUCGACUGAAAUUAGUCAAUAGGGCUCAUUGAGAUACCUUAUAUGGGUAAUUGUAGGCGUUGUUUGGGCGGAGACCGUAAACUCGUUCACGUACGCUGAAGUAUAGCACGGGUCUGCUUUAUCAACAGAAGCAUGCGUAUGUGUUGCGUACGCCAGUUUAAAAAUCCCAAUGAUUUUGUGCGCAAGGAAAUCAUAGGAUUUCCACAUACGGCAGACUUUUGUUGGAAACGCACGCAAGAUGAUACAUGAGGCCCCUGGAUUAGUAUAGAAUAUACCUGGAGUAGUAUGGCAGCUUUAACCUGAAAGUUACCGUCAUUGGAGAUACCGUUGCUCUUCUAGUCUAGGGAAGACUCUCAAAAGGAUUUUCCUUGAUUCCGUGUCUUGUUUUCUCGCAGUCUUCCAGCAUGUCUGUAAUGAGCAAGGAGGGCACUGGAGGUGACAUGACAUUUGAAAGACACAAGGAAAAUAAAGAGAUAUGAGAUAUACCCCAGGUACAUCUACAGUUAGUCUAGCAGUGGUUUAGGUAGAUCCUUUUCACUGUUUUUACAGACAUUUCUGCUGUAUUACCUUGUGUUAUGUUUCUAAUGAGACCAUGUCCGGUUUUCCCAGUUUGUAGGGUGAGGAGCCGCACAGCGUCUAACCCUGUUAUAGAGAGUAUAUAGUACACCCAUUUUCUAACUUGUGCCUUUUGACAACUGCGUUUGUGUCAGUCAGAUCAGCUACACAAAUAAGAAAAUAAAACAUCCAAAACAU